UAACUGUUAAUUUUACCCACUUUUCGUCGAUAAAUACGGUACGUCAUCCAAGUGUUUUUAUUUUAUUUCAAGAGAAAUAAUGCCACCAAAAGCUAGCGGAAAGGCAGCGAAAAAAGCCGGAAAGGCUCAAAAGAAUAUUUCGAAAGCCGAUAAAAAGAAAAAAAGGAGGAGGAAGGAAAGUUAUGCUAUUUACAUUUACAAAGUACUUAAGCAAGUUCAUCCUGACACCGGUAUAUCGAGUAAAGCUAUGAGUAUAAUGAAUAGUUUUGUUAAUGAUAUAUUCGAACGUAUCGCCGCCGAAGCAUCCAGAUUGGCUCAUUAUAAUAAACGUUCAACAAUUACAAGUAGAGAAAUUCAAACUGCAGUGAGACUAUUGCUUCCCGGAGAAUUGGCAAAACACGCAGUCAGUGAAGGAACUAAAGCAGUUACCAAAUAUACUAGUUCUAAAUAAUAAGUAUAACAUAUCUACUAUAUUGACAGAAAAUUUUCUAUUUUAUUUACUUAAAUAAUAACAUCGACCAAACAAAAAAAAAAAACGGUUCUUUUCAGAACCACAA